GAUUUCAUGGUUUAGUGUGGAAUACGUGGUACACGCCACACAGGAAUAGAGUAACUGGGUCCCGCAUCGGCCGUUAAUCCGCCCUUUUUCGCUUUCUUCCAAUUGGCUCGUUUCCCUUUGUCUCUCUUUCCGUAUCCAAUGCCUAACCACCAUUCUGUCCUCGCUCUUUGAUCUUGAGUUCCUUUGUCCGUUCAUGGUAGAUUCGGCUGCUUACGUGCGCAAUACGAAUCCGAGAGAGAGAGAGGAGCCUUUCGAUUACGUGAUCUGCAAUUAUCUGGACGUUUUUGUUUCCGACCAAUAAGGUGAACGGAUCCGAAAUAUGUCUAAUCUGCAAGGAGAUUACAACCAAAAGAUCGACUAUGUAUUCAAAGUGGUGUUGAUCGGUGAUUCCGCCGUUGGCAAAACUCAGCUGCUGGCUCGGUUCGCUAGGAACGAGUUCAGCGUCGACUCUAAAGCCACCAUCGGUGUCGAGUUCCAGACUAAAACGCUCGUCAUCGAUAACAAAACCGUCAAAGCUCAGAUUUGGGAUACCGCUGGCCAAGAAAGAUACCGAGCGGUGACAAGUGCAUACUACCGUGGAGCUGUUGGGGCAAUGUUGGUCUAUGACAUGACCAAACGUCAAUCAUUUGAUCACAUGGCUAAAUGGCUGGAAGAAUUAAGAGGACAUGCGGACAAAAACAUAGUCAUUAUGCUUAUUGGAAACAAAUGUGAUCUUGGAAGCUUAAGAGCAGUGCCAACAGAAGAUGCACAAGAGUUUGCACAGAGAGAGAACUUGUUCUUCAUGGAAACAUCUGCUCUCGAGGCUACCAAUGUCGAAACCGCGUUUUUGACCAUCUUAACAGAGAUCUAUCGAAUAAUCAGUAAGAAAACCUUAACGGCUGAUGAUGAUGACGCUGAUGGGAAUUCAAGUCUUUUAAAGGGGACUAGGAUCAUCAUUCCGAGUGAGCAGGAGACUGGGAAAAGAGGUGGAUGUUGCGGCAAAUCGUAACUCACAAAGCAAAAGACAAUACAUGAUCGUGUUUUUUUUUUUGGUUCUUGUUGUUUUUGUUUUGUUCAGCCUUAACCAUAUUUUCUUGAUACGAAACAAUAAGCGGAGAUUUACUACAGAAAAAGUAUGAGUGUGAAACCAAGAGCCCACAUUUUUGCAUACCACGCAACAUUUUCAGAUAGUGACUGUUUAUUUUUGACUUUUUCUUGGGUUCACAAACCAAUAGAAAGUUGUCA